UUGCUGUGACAUGCACAUCUUGCAAGAUGGAUGUGUAGUUUUUAUUUUCUGUGUGUUGAUUACUCACCUGAGAACGGGAAUUCACUGAGAUGUCCCAUUAACAAACGACUACAAGGGCUGUAGAACCGGAAUCACAGAGGACUGAUUCACUGUCUGUUCAGUAAGAAGACAGUACUGAGGAGAUCAAAGACUAACGAUGUGGUUACCUGUUCAGGUAGCUGUGGUCAUUCUGCUUGGGACCGUGGCCUCUCAGUCGUAUCCUGAUGUGUGUUCAUCGUCGCCAUGUUUGAAUGGUGGGUCCUGUUUGUCUUCAAAUGGAAACAUCUAUUGUUUCUGUCCGCAAGCAGUCUAUGGAGACCGCUGUCAGAUGUCGUUUUGCAAGGAGCUCAAAAAGGCUGCCAUGGGCAGGGAUAUCUGCUCCCUGUACAAGCCGAACGCCACCUGUGUAGGAGACAUACUUAGUGGUCAGUUUUGUCAGUGUCCACUAGGGUUCACAGGCUUGUUUUGUCAUGAGAGGACAUACAUAGAAGGUGACCCAACUACCCCAUGUGACAGACAAAAACAGCUGUACGACUUUGCCUUGAAAAUUCUCAACACAUCCUACACAUCUGACAGGAUUGUAAACUUGCUCAGAAUGAACUUCGACUUGAAGGCUGCUUUGCGGCACAUACCCAUCAUCAAACUGCCUGUCCGAAAGUGCACGGCUAACGGGGCAUUCGCUCCCAUUCAGUGUCAGGUGGACAUCGACAACAUUUCGCAGAAGACUUGUUUCUGUGCUGAGACCAAUGGUGAUAUACGCGAUGGUUACCAGGAAAGCACGACUGAGCCAACCGGUUGCCCAGAUGAAAACACAAAAGCCGGAUGUGUGACAAGAAAUGCUGUUCUAAUGUGGAGUUCGUACACCUGA